AUGGCUAAGCGCAAUAUUCCACAUUUCGUGCAACUGCGACAAUUGAUGGCUGGCUGUGAUGGUCCACUGUUUCCACAAGUCCUAAAUAGCAAGCGGCUUACUGAGCCAAUCCUUCACGGCUCUAUUGGCGCGUUCAACGUGACCAUUAUCAACUUGCCGCUCAACUAUGGUAUAAUGAAGGGUACUCUCAACGAAGCCAAUAGAUCACUCCGCAUUAUUCACAGCCUGUAUCAGGAGUUCGUGUACAACCCUAUCGGUAUACCCGUAUCCACUGGUCGUCUCCUAGCACAUGUAUCUUGCUCCCGAGCAACAAUCGCCCUUAUUCGCGCUCGUGCCGACGCUAAUGAAGACGAGGCUAGAGAAUAUAAACAACGCGCAAUCGACGAAGAGUAUACACUUAAUCAAGAACGUGAUGCACAUGUCCAGACUCAACGCAAACUCAAUGUUCUUAACGCGCGCUUCUCUAGUACGAAGGAGAAACUCGCGAAAUGCAAAGUUGACAGUACACGAGCUCAACUCCUUGAAGCAGAAGCAUAUAUAGGGCACCGAUCAAAGAGGAAACCUCCGCACUGCUGCUCCAAGGCCCGUAUACUCUUCCAUCCAAUCAGUGAACCCUUGCUUAACUCCAUGUACAAAAAUCAAGAGGAGAUACGUCAACACUUGGUAGACGUUGGUAAAAACAUCCCAGACAAGUAUUUGAUUUGUGCUCUGCUCUAUAGUCUCGACGACAACUACAAGUUACCCCGUGCAGACACAUUUGAUCACGAUCUAGAUGCCCUCACAAUCGACGAAGUCUAUAAAUAG